UUUAAAAAUUAUAAUUAUAAUUGUAAAUUAUUUGAUAUGGGGAUGACUCACCUAAAAAUAUGUAGGAUAUGCCUUCGAACAGAGGCAAAAAUGUUCAAAAUAAAUGUGUACAGCUUGCAGUUGUACUACGAAGAAGUUCUGGGACAUAAAAUUGGUGAUGAUGACAGACUUCCACAAUAUUUUUGCUAUGAGUGUGCUUCACUCUUACACAAGUAUCACAAUUUUAGGCAAAAAUGCUUUAUAGGUCAGAAAAUGCUGACGGAUAUGAAGGGAGAAAUCACAUAUGAAUCCAUUUAUAAUGUGGACAGAAAGAAAUUAAAACUUAUAUCUUCAUUAGAUAUGAUUCACAAUAUUGAAGCUGAUAUAAUUUUACCGGCCGUUGAUAAAAACAUACAAAAAAAUGUAAUAAAAAGAAGUAAAAAAUCAAAUCACCAUAAAGAGGAAUUCAGAGAAAAAGUUAAAAAAGAAACACAUACUAUAGAACAUGUUUCAGUUGAUUCAGAGAAGGUGUUUUGUAAAGCUGAAGUGCUAAUUAAAACUGAAAACAAUAUUGAAUUUCCCCUACCACUAGAAGAUGAAAACUCUCUAGGCAGUGUGGACAGUGAUCAUCUGUUAAUUGACAGUAUUUCCACAGAAAAUAUUGAAUCAAAAGAUCAAAUAAACCAUGAGGGUGUAUUUAUUGUAGCCGAUAACAACAAAGAUGUCACUGUGAAAAAAUUCAAAGCUAGACGACUUAAGGGAACAAAAUGUAAUAUUUCAAAAUCUAAAUCAAAUAAAAAGGGUGCUUGGAAACUAAGAGAGCUGUUGAAAGAAGGUAAUUGGAAAAUGACAACAAUGUCCGAAGAAGAAUCAUUGCAGACUUUUCGUGCAAAAUCACAGUGUGAUAAGUAUAUCUCUGCAAAAUAUAAAUGCACAGAUUGUUUCAUAUUUUUUUCUAACAAUGAAAUGUACAUGAGGCACCGCCUAAGAUGGCACACUGAGGCGAAUAAUCCGUAUGAGUGUCGCUUUUGCAAGCAACGUUUUAGGGUUAAUUUUGAGAUCAGAAACCAUUUGAAAUUUCAUUACAACAAGUUUGAAUGUCUCAGAUGCAACUUGGUGUGUUCACGAGAAUCCACCUUAUUAGCACAUGAUGCUUAUCACAACGGAAAAAUAAAAAAGUGUGAUCAUUGUAAUGAGGAAUUUCGACACCAGUCGACCUACUACACCCACAUACGUACAGCGCAUAGGAGUAAAUAUCUGUGCAAUUUGUGCGGGCGUUCCUUUGUGAAUGAGUUGGGCAUGAGACAGCACAAGUUGAGGAAACACCCCGAAGCGAAGACCAUCGGAACCGAGGAUACAACGAACGCAAAUAAGGAUGUGAAUACUUAUUGUUCCACCUGCGACAUCAAAUUUGAGACGGAGGAUGCAUACCAUGAACACAAACUUCACUCAUCCAAACAUAUUGAUAGUAAUAUUAUAAUACCCGAACGCAAAAUUAAGAGAAAAAUUCCCACAGAUUGUCCAAAGUGUGGAAAACAGUUUGACUCACAAGCGGCUUGCAUGAAGCAUUACAAGAAUGAACAUCCGAACGAUAAAUUUAUUCCGUACCCUGAACUAGAGAGGAAGCAUGUCUGCGAACUGUGCGGUGCUACUGUAUUGUAUAAGAAUUUAAAAAUCCAUUUGAUGAACACACACGAGAAGAAAAAUGCGUGCUACUGCAACAUUUGCGGCAAGAAAUUCAGUUCGGGAGGCGCAUUGAAGAUUCAUAGUGUGGUGCACACUGGCGAAAAGCCCUACAAGUGUACGCUAUGCGACAAACGCUUCACACAAAAAUGCAGCAUGAAGCUACACUAUAGGACGUUUCAUCUGAAAGAGCCGUAUCCUAAAAGAAACAGAAACAAGAUAUUGUAUGAUCUACAAGACGGGAUGAAAAGUAUAACGACGAAAUAGGAGUAGCUUUAAUAUGAUGAUCAAAUAAACUAAUAUUUCAUUCA